CAAGAAGAAAUAGAGCAUCGAAAGCCAUACGCAACAUGGUUCAAGAAACAACACUCAAUUGAUGUGGCCUUAGACCCAUACAGUUCUGAUGGGCACGAUGGGUAUGUAAAUGAAGAUGGCACUAUUGAUAAUGAAAAAACAUUGCCCAUUUUAGCAAAAAUGGCUGUAGCACAAGCACAAGCUGGAAUAGACAUUAUUGGUCCUUCUGAUAUGAUGGACGGAAGAGUAGCUUAUAUUAGAAAAACAUUAGAUGAUCAUCAUUUUAUCAAUGUAGGCAUAAUGUCUUAUACUGCAAAAUAUGCAAGUGCAUUUUAUGGUCCAUUUAGAGAUGCUUUGGCUUCUGCUCCAAAAAGUGGUGAUAAGAAAACAUAUCAAAUGAAUCCUGCCAACAAACGAGAAGCUUUGAUAGAAGCAAACUUAGAUGAAAAAGAAGGUGCAGAUUUUUUGAUGAUAAAGCCAGCAUUACAUUAUUUAGAUAUUAUUCAUAUAUUAAAAGAAAAAUACAAUUUGCCAAUUGUUGCCUACCAUGUAAGUGGUGAAUACGCCAUGCUACAUGCAGCUGCUAAGAAUGGUUGGUUGGACUAUAAUAAAUGUAUGGAAGAAACACUAAUAAGCAUAAAACGUUCUGGAGCUGAUAUCAUUAUUUCUUAUGCUGCUAAAGAUUUUGCAAUGAUAAACAGA